GAAGUACAGUCGCCUACACAGUUAACCCACUACAUCCGGCACGUUUCACGAAGGUCGAGUUCAAGUCGCAUGUUUACUGGAUAAAAGGAAAAAGGACUCAGUAUCCUUUGGGAGGACAGCCCAAGGUUGUGGCAGCUGUAAAGGGCAAGACUUGCAGCGAGGGUGAAACUGGAUACUCAGACGCGUAGGCUAAGCCCUCUAGGCUGUGAUGAUCUAAUCGCAGAGAAAAAUACGGGCAACAGAUGUUUUGACUUGUAACCUCGCUGUUUUUAGGGAUUACCAAGAAAGACUGUUAACGUGUGGUACGUAUACAGCGUCUGUCUUCGAGAUCGCACUUGUUUUCUUGAAGAAAGCCACCGUUGCUUCAAGUAGGACGGACCUUGGAACAAGGAAGUAGUCAGGCUAUUUCAGAGUGUCUGAUUCACUGGUUGUGAAUCACUCACUUAUAAGUCUAUUAGAUCACAGCACCGGGACUUCAUAAACCUGUUACCAGCAUAGCUGUGGCCACAGUAAGAUGUCCGGACUGAUUAUGAAGUCAACUGAAGGAGAAUUUCCUACCGAAAUCGCGUCUUCGGUCGACGGUAAUGGAACAUUUCUUGACAAUGAGACAACAACUGGGGAUGAUUUCUUUUUCGCGUCGGACUCGCCGUAUCUGGAGUUUCAAAUUUCCUACUUGGUUCUGGCCAUGACUCUGUCGCUGGUUGGAAACAUGGCCGUGAUAGUCGUCGUGGUGUACGACAAGAAACUUCGCAAGCCCGGGAACUAUCUACUCUGCGGCCUGUCGUGUGGAGACAUCGUGCAGUCGCUGAUCUAUGUCCCGACUGCGCUCAAAGUUCUAACGCAAGGACUCGACUACGUGCCAACCGGGGCAGAUUGCGUGCUCCAAGGAGCGCUGUUCCAAGUCGCCUGCGUCUUCUCUCUCAACGCUCUCAGCGCCAUCGCAUUUGACCGUUACCAGUUCAUCUGCAACCCUCUUCACUACAAGACCAGAAUGACCAAAGGAAAGAUAGCGGGUAUGCUGGUCAUAUGUUUGAUAUUAGGACUUGUCGCUGGUAUCGUGCCUUACCUAGAAGGACAGACAUUUGUUUACAUGCCCGGGUAUCUCAUGUGCCGGUACCGUGGCUCUCUCGGCGCGGAUAGAGUCAUCAUGACCGUGUGCUGUUUCAUCCCAACCGUUGUCAUCAUGACUUACACCUACGGGAACAUCUUUCGAGAGGCAAGGCGGCACCAGAAGCGACUAUGGCAAACCUCCAACAAGUCCUCCCCCCAGGAAGCCGAGUUCCGCCGAGGACUGAAGACAGCCGUCACGAUAGGUAUCGUCUUCGUUAUCUUUUGGGUCAGCUGGCUACCCUUUCUUGUCACAACAAUCUCUCUCAACUACAAAGACGCCAAAGACCUGACUACGUUCCAUAGGCUUGCUCAGCGGAUUUCUCCAAUGGUUUACAUCGUGUCUACGUUUACGAACCCGAUCAUAUACUGCCUCAGAAAUAGGACAUUUUUGAAAGCGCUGUGCAAUCUUGCAGAGAAGACAUUCGGACCAAAAAAAGACGCUUUUAUCAUGGAUAAACGGUUAUCUAUAAGGAUGAAGCAAAGAAAGCUUCCGGCAAGAUCACUUUCUUCAGAUAUAAGUUGAGUUUCUAUUUCUACACUUACGUCUUGGAUGUUUGUUAAUUUUUUAUCUGAAUAGUAUUUAUCAUGCGCUGUGAGUAGGUUGGCUAGUAAAGGAUGACAUUUUUGUGUUUUGAAUAUUGCGUUAAGAAUCUUAGAGGAUGUAAUGGUAUUACACAUUGUGAAAAAAAUUUUGGCAAAUAUGUUUUAUGUCAACAAUGCAAAUUUUCUAAACUCUCGAAUGUGCAACGCUAAUUCACCUUUAUCUACGCGAUUCCACGGUAACCUAUAUCCGUUCAUUAAGUAGGUUGUAUAUGUUGAGACAUCAAGUCGAAGGAUGGUGGUUUCUUGUUGCAAUAUGUUGAAAAUAGUACAGUUUGAAAUCUUCGCCCGUAGACAUGUCCCGAGUUUGAAAACAACAACUACAACGGAUAUAGGAAACCCAUCGGAUAAAAGUGAACUAGUGUUACUGAUACCGUUGUCAUAUUUUAAACGUUGUAAGCAUGAAACUUCGCUGUAAACCUCUUGGAGGUACCGAGAAAUGUUGACUUCAUGUGUAGUUUAUUGUCGUCACAGAUACCAACUGUUAUCAGAUAUUGGCAGGUCUAUGAAAUAAAUAUCAUGCAAAUCUUA